AUGGGCGACCAGGUCUCCCAUCCAGACGUUGAGUCGGCGCACGGAGCGAUUCCCCAGGCCAAGGACGACCUCACUCAUGACGGGACAAACAUCAACAAUGACGAGGUCCCCCCACUCCGGACGCAGCCCACAGACUACGUCGCCAAAACCGUCGCCAUCAAUGAGACCCAGGCCUUUCUGCUGCGUGUCUGCCUCGGACGCCUGGGUCUUGUUCAUCUCACGGGCUUGUUCGUCGCCUUGUGCAUGCUUGUGGACACCAAAGAUAAGACGUUGACGUGGUUCAACAUUUCUCAGCCGUUGGCUGUGGGCACUGCCCUUGGUGCCUACACUUUCCUUACCCUCUGCACUAUCGAUGGGCACAAGCCGGACAGCAAGUAUGGGCUUGUGAAGACUGUGGGCAUUGCCUACAUACAUGCGCAGGUGUUCGUUGUCGGCCGGUGGAGUGGUGGGGAGGGACCAGAGCCUUACAGUCGUGUUGCCAUACUGGCAUAUUUCCUUGCGCACAUUGGCCGCUUUGCAGCCGCCGCCAUCGAACUAGCCAGGGUCAAAAUUGAGGAUCCUGCAGACACUUGUCGACGAGCAACCCGUUCCGCCCGACUCGGUAUGCUCGCUGGUGUGGCCGUCACGGCCGUCUGGUGGAAGCUCGAAGGCCCCUCCCAACCUGAACAGAUGAUUGAUGUUGCCAUCCCCAUGGGCCUCGCUGUCGUCUCCCUUGCACUCUCCGCGUACACGACCCACGACUUUGCCAAUGUUGUGCGCCUCGGUCCGGACAAAGUGUUCAAAGCAGCUCUCAUGUUUGGAAACUGUGGCAAGUGGAAGAGCAAAGCGAACAGGUUUGGGACCGAAACUCCUAUCGUCAGGUCCCCAUCCGCUCCUCCCUCGGCUUCACCUCCCAAAGAGACACCACCCCCACCCCCGCCAGCAUGGGAAGCCAAGCGCCGUUCCCUCGUCCGUGUGCACAUAUGUGGCAUGGGCUUUUGCGGCAUUUCAAUCUUCAUUGGCACCUUGUUUGCCUUCUUCCCCUUCCCCGCCCAGCCUGUGACCUUGUUCCUCGUUGUGGCCACCCGCCUUUGGGCCCGCUACACCGUCGCAAAGGGUGACUACCCAAACGUUGGCAUUCUGGUCGCCGUUGUUUCGGACGGCCUGCUCACACCGGCCAUCCGCGCCGCUGUGCUCUCGGUCUGUGGCCCAGAUGCCAUCCUGGCUGCGUACGGUCCCGAUCCCGCUUUGAUUACCGACAUGGCCGAUGUUAUUGCAUGGGCACCGGUAUCCGUCCGCUUUAUGCGCAACGCCUGCUCGGCUGUGACCAUGAGGUUCUGUUCGGCGCCCUCGCCGAACGGAUACAGGCCGUUCAGCGAGAGACUGUCCGCUGGCAUCUUCGCGGGUAGUUUCAUUAUUGCCUGGCUUUGGACGACAUUCCUUGCUGGAUUUGAGGACGACGACGACAACUCGGCACCAUACCGAACGUGGUUUGUCCCCACACCUCUGUACGCCAUGGCUUUGUCAAUUCCCGCGCUCCUCCCUCCCCAGACCGAGGCGCUGGUCAAGAUCCCAGCGACCAAGGUCGUCCUCGCAUCGCUCCUUGAGGGUAACGCCGCACUGUACGCCAACGUGUUCAAGCGCAUGGGAGUCGCUGUCCAUGCAGACGACGACGGCUAUGUGAACAACAAGAUGAACGAUUGGCCUGAACCCAACUGGGAUCAGCUCGCCGCCACGCCCAAACCCAGGUGGCUCCGUUGUGUGGACAUCAUUCGCGCGUCCCGCGCCAGCGUCAUGGUUAUAUCGUACGUGCUAGUCGUCCGAACGCAGUUCGUGCUUGCGCUAGGCGACAUGGCUUUGGUUGUCUUCGCCUGCCUCCCAAUGACGGCCAUCCCGACGGCCAUGAUGCUGUAUCGCCGCACACCUACAGCAAUCGGUCCUCUUGUCCUCCUUUUGGGAGUCACGAACGGCGUGGCUGUCGGCUGUAUCGACGCAUGGUACCGGACCGAGCUGGCGAUGAUCUUCAAGGACUCGGAGGCAUUCAUCUCUGACAUCAUCGUUCUUUAUCGCCUCUGUGUUUCCGCCGCGAUCUGUACAUCGUGCUUCGGGACACUUUCGAACUUUGGCUUGCGCGGAUGGUCGCCCCGCCACCGCUGCGCCGUGGGCGCGGCGCCCCUGGGCUCGUUUAUCGUCUACUGGUUCACGUCGGGCGUACACAAGCGUGGAUGGGAGGCGGAGCAGCUCGACCCAACGUUCCACCACAUCUUCAGCGGCUACGAGUGGGCCCUUUUCUCCGUCAGUGUUAUCUACGCUAUCACGGCGUCCACGCUGUUCCUCAACAGCGAGUCGCUCAUGAUGUUCCGUUUGCCCCGGGAUGAGUUCGCGUUUGCGGCCAUGUGGGGAAGUGGCUUCAACGGCGGCCUUGACCUUGCCCAGAAGCUAGGCGUACCUGUCCAGCUUGAGGAGGGCGUCGGUAAGAUUGCCCUUGCGGAUGAUGGUGAACUUUCAGCCGACCUUGGUAGAGAUGGCAAGGAGGUGGCUUGA